AUGUCGAGACUCACUGACGACGCUGACUACAAUGCCGGCGAAACGUCUGGGAAAGUACCACGUCCACAGUCCGACUUUGGAAAUGAUCAUGCAUACAAUGGACUCCGGACU